AUGAAAAGUCCGACUUGUCUAAAGGAGGUCCAACAAUUAAAUGGAAGGCUUUCCGCCCUUUCCAGAUUCCUGGCGGGAUCGGCACUAAGAUCCCUUCCACUAUUCUCCCUACUAAGAAAAAGAUGCCAGUUUGAAUGGACUUCGGAAUGCGAAGAAGCUUUCCAGGAGUUCAAAAAGUUCUUGAGCCAGCCUUUAAUCCUAACCCAACCCGUGGACGGGGAAGAGCUUGUCCUAUACCUGUCAGUAGCAGAUAGAGCUAUAGCAUCAGCUCUAAUAAGGGAAGAUGAGGUCGGGCAGUAUCUUAUGUACUUCACCAGCAAAGUUCUACAAGGCCCAGAACUAAAGUAUCAAAAACUUGAAAAGUUUGCAUACUCCUUAGUAGUAGCCUCACGCCGAUUACGGCCGUAUUUCCAAGCGCACACAAUAAAAGUCCGAACGAACCAGCCCAUGAAGCAGGUCCUCCAGAAGAUGGACAUUGCGGGCAGAAUGGUUCAAUGGGUAAUAGAACUCUUCGAGUUCGACUUGAAAUACGAAGCCCGAAUGGCAAUAAAAGCUCAAUACCUCACUGACUUCCUAGCGGAAUACGCGGGAGAUCAAGAGGAGAAAUCCACUACAUGGGAGUUAUAUGUAGAUGGGUCCUCCAAUAAAGUUGGAAGCGGGGCAGGCAUAAUAUUGGUCAGCGAAGGGGGAACGCAAAUUGAAGUUUCCCUCAAGUUCGAGUUCCCAGCUUCCAACAAUCAGGCAGAAUAUGAAGCCUUGAUUGCAGGGUUAAAGCUGGCAGAAGAAGUCGGUGCAACCAAAGUAAUGAUAUUCAGCGACUCUCAGGUGGUGACCUCCCAAAUAAAUGGGGAGUAUCAGGCCAAGGAUCCCAACAUGAAAAAGUACUUGGACAAAACCUUGGAGCACCUUAGGCGCUUUGAGGAGACCGAGGUAAAGCAUAUAACUCAGGACCUCAACAGCAGGGCAGAUGCCCUCUCCAAGCUAGCAAGUACCAAACCAGGAGAGAACAACAGAAGUCUGAUCCAAGAAACUCUCCCUGAACUCUCUGUGGCAAAAAAAGAGGCUAUUCAAAACAUCUUUGAAGUCACCGGGUUAGACCUCGGGUGGAUGAAGCCCUUAAUCGAAUACCUGAAAUUCGACAUACUCUCCAAAGAAGAAAAAGAGGCCAAGAAAAUUCGGAGGGAAGCACAAAACUAUAUAAAAGGGGGAUAUCAACAGCACUACUAA